AUGCCCGAAAGACGCGUGUCAUCAAUUAGACCUCCUUCUCAACCGUUAUCAGGGGACGAGGGAGACAUGGACCUCAAGGGCUCUCAAGGCACCAGUGAUGACCACAACGAGGAAUAUCCAAGAACGUUCGCCGUCAUCGCGGCAGAGUUCAAAGCGACAUGGGAGAAGAAGUUGAGAGGACGCGACAAUAAGAUAAUACAGACAACGCAAAAGGAACUCAACCUUGCUGUUCGUAUUCUUGAUACACAUCACCUCUCAUCUUCACCUUUCAAACAGCUCCAGAACAAGGAAACCGAAAUCGCCAACGUCAUGAACGAUAUGGAGACCCUUCAUCAGGAUUUCCUCAAACAAUAUGCGAUUCUAGAAGACAAGAAGCGCAAGAUAACAGCUGCGAUCGCCGAAGCACAGGAAGAACUCAUACCACUUGCGAUCAAACGCCACCAGGCGAUCAUCAGUCUUGGACACGAGGUCGAGAACGGGCAGCUGGAAGGAAUGGCCCUCAUGAAAGGUGCUUGCCAAUCCACCCGGGAUGUUGCCCAGGAGCUUGGGACGUUGCACUUCGAUUCCUGA